GUGACUUGAGCUCGUAUGAGGAGCUGUAAGGGUUCGUGUAUCGAAUAACAUGUACUCGAAUUGAGCCCGUAAAUAUUGUAUGUACAACUACAACAUGGUGAACCGAUACUUGCAUUCGGUCUUGUGUUAAAAUAUCGAUUUCGCCAUAGUGGGCUAAGUCUGCAUGACAUACAACAUGUAAAUGAAUAGUUGUACGUCUACGAAUGAAACUUCGAAUCGACGAUCACAACACUGGAAAUGGUAAUCUGCCGCUUUAGAUAGACCAGAACUAGUCAGAGUGUGAAAGAUACACGUGGUGGUGCUCACGAUAGUCGAAGACACGGAGAGAAUAUAUCUCAAAAUGGAGAACGUCCACCUUCUGUCGGAUAUUAAACCUCCUCUGAGUAUUGUAACCGUGGAGGUCUGCGUUCUCCAGCGGCAACCUGUAAGGGAAAUUGGUAGUCGUACGGCGUCACGCUUCGGCGAAGGCCGAAGAGCUGUAUUAAACUUUGUCGUUAAAGAUAUCAUGGGCGACACCGCGAAUGUCGUCUACUGGGGUACUCCGGACAACGCUCACCGAAUAUCUUCGCUUCUGCCUAUUGGCGCAGCGGUACGACUUCCGUUUCUGAAGGUGACAGGCCCCCGUAAGGGAAGUUACCAAUUCACGCCCUGUUGCACCUGCCAAAUGGUCCUCGAGUUACAACAUCCUGAGAGUCAAUGUCAAGCAGUGAAGGUUGCCCAUCCUCGAAAUAUACACAGACUUACACAGGCAUUGCAUGUUCCUCCAGUCAUGCGUGCCGAUUCGAAGUCAAUUAAAGAGCUUCUCGCAGAACAGCUCGAAUGCAAUGUGACAAUUAUGGCGGUUGUCGUUGAUAUUGGCCUACCUGAAGAAGUCAACACACGGAAUGGUGUAGAAAAGCGUUUGAUGCUAGAGCUGGCCGACCAGAGCUCUCAGACAAUACUGAUGACGGUUUGGGGUGAUAUGGCACAAUAUUUGAAAGAUCAGUGCUUGCCUUGGGACACGGUCGUGCUUCUCCAAGAUGCCCGGCUUACCGUUUCAACUCGAUUUGGUAAUCAGAUCCAAACCAGUCCAAGAACACUCAUAACAGUUGACGUUACUGGAGCAGACGCCAAUGAAAUAAAAAAUCUGGUGCAAAUCGAGGCGCGACUUCAGCGUCUCCAACCAAUGAAGCUGAACCGAGAAACAACCCGCCUUACUCAAUACGAACCUCCCGGAUUGCCCCAAUGGGUCACGCUGCAGGUGUUGGCGUAUCUCAACAAAACUGGUUUACCUCCACCGACCGUUGAAAUCUCACGACCCUUUAUUACCAUUGCUCUUCUAACACGCUGGGAUGAACCAUCGGUGUGGGGGAGAUGCAAGAAAUGUCAUACUUCUUCGACAGAAUUCCUUUACUCAAUCGCGGAUCCAAAUAAGCUCAGAUGUGCACUUUGUGGAACUGACGCACGUAACCUCCAAGAACGUCGACUGCAUGUUCCAGGAUUCUUCUCGGAUAGUUACGGCGAAAUUCGGCUUUUGCUAAGAGAGCAGCAUAUAGAGCUACUUAUCGGUCGGACGGAAGCAUUAGAUCCGGUCAAACUGAUGGAUCUGCUUGAUGAUCUCCAGUGGCAAAGAUUUGUUCUGGAAUUCUAUGUUCAGCCCGCAGGAGAAGGCGAAGAAGGGAAAAACGCCAUCAGGCUACUUCGGAUCAGCAGUCCGACAUCUCAGCAAUGGACAUUGUACCUAGAUGCAGUUUUGUGAUGUUGGUAAACAAGUUUUAUAGAAUAGGACCAUACUUCGUGAAAAAUUUCAUUUUGCGAAGCUUCCAUAGGAUUUUAAAGAAUGACAUGAUAUAGAAGAGUUAAGGGUAACCCUUUGUAUAUACCGCAUUGUUGCGCAAAGCAAAUGAUACCAGCUCGUUGAAAGCAGUUACUUAGCAUUAAUUAAUACGUUUUUGUUUUCGUAUUUUAUUAACAAGGGCUUUCUACGAAUACUCAUCAUAUGAACAUCGACAUAAUUUAUUACUUACCGCGUUUAUACAGCUAGUUUCUUUCGUAAGUAUAUUAAUUCAAAAAAUAAAUACAUUGUGUUGC